UAUACCUCCACCCUAUUAUUUUUCCAUUUCUCAUACAAAUAUGUCUGUGAAUGAAAACUCUUCGGUUGAUUCAGACUCAAGUUCUGAUGUUUCCCAUUCCAAUGAACUUGAUGAAUGGGAAGAACGAGUUUAUCAACAAAAUCGUCAACUUGAUAGCAUCAUCCAAAAUAUGAUCAUAAACAAUCAUAAUCUGAUUGUAGGAAAUCAAAUUCCAACAGUCAACAGGAGAUAUUGUGAUAGGGAACGCGAGUUUGGUGCAGAGCGUUUGAUCAACGACUACUUCAGUGACAGCCCAACGUAUACUCCAGAAAUCUUCCGGCGGAGAUUUCGCAUGCAGAAAUCGCUAUUCAUUCGAAUAGUGGAAGCUGUUACUGCUAAUGAUGAGUUUUUUCAACAGAGACGAGAUGCCACCGGCAGAGUAGGUCUUUCAUCAUUGCAGAAAUGUACUGGAGCUAUGAGGGUGUUGGCAUAUGGGACAUCUUCCGAUGUUGUCGAUGAGUAUCUGCGAAUGAGUUCAUCUUCUACAAGAGAUGCUUUAGUCCAUUUUGUGGAAGGUGUUAUAUCUUGCUUCGGUGGUACGUAUCUCAGAAGGCCUAAUGAACAAGAUUUGGCAAGGCUGCUCUAUGUUGGAGAACAACGUGGUUUCCCAGGCAUGAUUGGCAGUAUUGAUUGCAUGCAUUGGGAGUGGAAAAAUUGUCCUAAUGCGUGGGCCGGCCAAUAUACUGGGAGAAGUGGAAAACCCACGAUCAUUUUGGAAGCUGUUGCCUCAUACGACUUGUGGAUAUGGCAUGCGUUCUUUGGAACACCAGGUUCGUGUAAUGAUAUUAAUGUACUCCAUCGAUCUCCUGUUUUUAAUGAUGUCUUAGAAGGUCGAGCACCAAAGGUUAAUUACGUAGUGAAUGGCCGUCAUUAUGAUAUUGCAUAUUAUUUAACUGAUGGUAUAUACCCUUCAUGGGCUGUAUUUGUCAAGUCAAUUACUUCCCCACAGAUCCGCAAACACAAGUUGUUCGCUCAACACCAAGAGUCUGUCCGAAAAGAUGUUGAGCGAGCAUUUGGAGUCCUACAAGCUCGAUUUGCAUUUUUACGACGCCCAUGUCUUGUUUGGGAUAAAGUUUUGAUGGGAAAAAUUAUGAUGGCUUGUAUCAUCAUGCAUAAUAUGAUAGUCGAGGAUGAACGAGAUACCUACCAAAAUUAUUGUGAUCCAACAGAAUUUUUUAUGGAUACACCUACAAGAGCACAAACAGAAGAUGACGAACAUUUUCGCUAUUCUACUGAACGUAUUGCGAGCUUGUCUACUUAUAUGACUAAUAGAGAUCAACUUCGCAAUAGAGAAGCUCAUAGGACUCUUCAAGGUGAUUUGAUUGAGCACAUAUGGGAAAAAUUUGGCACUGGCAAUUAAAUAUGUAAUUUGUAUUUUCUAAUUGUAUUUUAAAAUUUCACGUAUUGUACUUUGAUAUAUUUAAUUUCAGUUGUGUGUUUAAUUCUUGUAAUCUUCCUU